AUGGCCGAGGAGAUUGGCGUCGAGGCGAUGGGCAUAUUCAUUCACUCGAACCUAGGCAAGCUAGCCACACUCUCCCACCACGCCCGCCAACGAAUGGAAGUCCGCGUCAGUUGGGCCUAUAUAAACGAGACGCCACAGGACGUGGUCUGCGGGGUGUGCCAGGACCACGACCACAGCGACGCCGACACGCGACUCUGGAUGUGUCCGAUGACGGCGUGCGGAUGCAGCGCCUGGCAUGAUACUUGCCUCGAAGGGAUGUAUAAAUUGGCGGCAAGGGCCGACCGCGUGCUGGCGUUCGGUUGUCCGGCUUGUGGCACGGGGUGGUGGCUCCGGAGUGAGAUGAGCGCGGAGGAGGCGCGGUUGCGCGAGGAGUGGGAAGAGUUCCAGAUGCAACUGCUGUUGAAGGGGGAGCAGGAGCGCUUUUUCCGCCACCUCCGCCACCUCUACCAGCAGCACCAACUGAACAAGCAGCAGAAGCAGCAGCAGCAGUACCAUCAGACCCAGCAGACCCAGCAGACCCAGCAGCAGCAACAGCAGAAUUCGACGUCCCUGCUACAGUCAGAACUAUGGAUUGAAGACACCUGA